AUGAAGAUACCUGUGAUUUUUUUAUCGUUUCUCUGUGUUAUUGUCACGCCGGCGGUUCAAGAGUUACAGAAGUCGAGUGGACAAAUACAGGAGCAGAGUGAAACGGUACAGAAACACGUGGAAGCUGUUUCCAGCAAUGUUCAAACGCAGAGUUCGGUCGGUGCGCAAGUUCAAACGCAGCACAAGUCGCGACGCGAGAUUGGAUUAGCCUUGGGGGAAUCGGUUGAGAAGGCUUCCAGCGAAACUGAUUGGCGACGGUCGUUUCUUGACGAGAAUGACGCACAGGUAAAUGGCAUCCAUAAAAAAAAACGCGUACCGCCGAUAAUAGCAUGGCUGGGAAAAGUGAGGGAAUCAGAUAUGAAGACCAAUAAACCAAAGUCGGCGUAUCGACGACAAUUCUGGGACUCCUUCGUGGUAGACGACCCGACCGGUGCAUCCAGCAGCAGCAGCAUCAUCAAGCAAAUUCUCAGGAACGCUAAAUUGAAAUCGACGAGUACGUACACGGGUAAACAGCAGAAAGUUGAAGAACUGAAGGAUGCUGAUUGGGCGAGGUACGCAGCUGAGUCAAACAUUUAUAAGGAACCAUUGCCUAAAGCAGUAGUUAAAAGUGGCCACGUGGAAGUUGCAAAUCAACAAGGUGAAAAGUGGAUGAAAGAAGAAAUUGAAUCGAAUUGGAAGAAUAGAGAGAAUAAAUCACCAGUACCGACGUGGAAUGCUCACAAUAUGAAGAACAUAAGGACGCAUGAGGAACUGAGUAUAGAAAGUCAGAAAUUGAACGAAGAGAAUUUGAAGAUGCGUAAUCAGUAUAGAGACAGGGCCUGGGAUCUGGAUAGCAGAAGAAGAAUAUAUGGACAUAGUCUUCCACUCGAGGAAAUAGAGAACGGUGGUAAGGAGCCUCUAAGAAAUAAACCUCUAUACGAGCCUGAUCCACUUGCACUGCUGGCUAGGUUAGACCAUGGGCCGGCAUUAGCGGACACAGGGCUACUGGACAGAAUGCCGGCUGGACAUAGGAAAACCUAUAUGAUACAGGGAGAACAUAAAUCCUUGAACUUAGAAGAUACAAAUGAAUCUAAACCUGACUUAAUAAUAGACAAGCAGAAAUAUCUGGGCUGGCAGAAAGGAGUCGAUAGGAAACAGCAACAUUUGAACGAAGAAGAACUGAAGGAAAUAAUAAAAUCAAAACAAAUAAGUGACGAAUUACUGAAAAAAUCAUGGAGCGCGGCAAAAGUGGAUAAAGCGGAAGAAAUGAAAAUUCACAAGAGCUGGGGCCCUGAGAAGGGACAGUGGAAGGAAGACAACAAGAAAUGGUCCCCUGAGUGGAAGGAAGACAACAAGAAAUGGUCCCCUGAGUGGAAGAAAGGAGACAAGGAGUCUUCCAGCGAGAAGGAAUGGAAAAAUAGAGAUAAGGAAUGGUCCUCUGAGAAGAAGUGGAAGCAAGCAGGUAAGGAGUCUUCCGGCGAAAAGGAAUGGAGAAAAGGAGAUAAAGAAUGGUCUUCGGAGAAGAAGAAAAUUGAACUGAAGAAGGAAGAGUCCAAGAAAGAACAGAAAGAAGAAAUGAAACUGAAGGAAAUACAAAUACAGCAGUCGAAAUAUAACAACGCUAUGCCCUGGAACUUGAGGAAAGGGCAAUGGAAAGAAGAAAGACAGGAAUGGUCUGCUUGGGGUACACCGUGGAAAGAUGCUAAAAAUAAGUGGUCUUCUGAGAGAAAAAAAAUUGCAUUGAAGGAAGAAGACUCUAAGAAAGCUAAAAUGGAAGAGAUGAAAUCAAAAGAAAUAAAAAUAGAGGAGUCUAAAGAGAAGAAAUCAGAAGAAAUAAAAAUAGAGGAGUCUAAAGAGAAGAAAGAACAAUCUUGGGACACCGGAAAGGGACACUCGAAAGAAGAAAGCCAGGAAUGGACUUCCGGGGAGAAGCAGUCGACGGAACAAAGUAAGGAAUGGACCGCCGAACAGAAGAAUGUAGGACUCGAGGAAGAAGAGUCUCAAAAAGUUGAGAUGGUAGAGCAGAAAUCAGAGGAGAUUGAAAAGGAGUCUAAAGAGGAAAGAGGACAUUCCUGGGAUUCUGGAAAUGGACAGUGGAAAGAAGAAGGUCAGGAAUGGUCUUCUGGAGGGACGGAGUCGAAAAAAGGAGACAAGGAAUGGUCCUCAGACACGAAGAAAGUCGAAAUGGAGGAAGAGGAGUCCAAGACAGUUGAGACGGUAGAGAAGAAAUCUGAGGAAAUUCAAAUUGAAAAGUCGAAAGAGAAGAAAGGUGCAUCCUGGGAAAUUGGCAAAGGUCUGCGGAAAAAAGAAAGACAUGAAUGGUCUCCUGGAAAGAAGGAGUGGAAGGAAGAAAACAAGGAAUGGUCCCCGGGCAAAAAGGGGUGGAAGAAAGAAGACAAGCAAUGGUCUUCCCUGAAGCAAGAAAUCGGACUGAAAGAGGCACUGUCUAAGAAAGAACAGAAAUCAGAGAAGAAAUCCCAGGAUAUUAAAAUAGAGAUGUUGAAGGAGAAAAAAGGAGGGAACUGGGACCUAUUGAAGGAGCCUAUUAAAGAAGACCAUCAUGAGUGGUCGCCAAUUGAGAAACAAUGGAAACAAGAAAGCCAGGAGUGGUCAACUGGCGACAAGAAGUUGCAAAAAGGGGACAAAAAAUGGUCCAUAGACCAGACGAAAAUUGAACUAAAGGAAGAAGAGUCGAAGAAAGAAAAGAAGGAGGAGAAGAAAUCGAAGAAAAUUAAGAUAGAGGAAUCAGAGGAGAAGAAAGGACUAAACUUGGACGCUAGCAAAGGAAGCCACGAAUGGACGACUGGGGAGAAUGAGUGGAAGGAAGGAGAAAAAGAAUGGUCCUCUGGGGAAAAAGAAUGGAAGUUAGGAGAUAAAGAGUGGUCUCCUGAGAAGAAGAAAAUCGAACUGAAGGAAGAUGCGUCUAAGAAGAAACUGAAGGAAGAGAAGAAGUCGAAGGAAAUUAAAAUAGAGGAAUCAAAGGAGAAGAAAGGACUAUCUUUGGACGCUAGCAAAGGAAGCCACGAAUGGUCGACAGGGGAGAAUGAGUGGAAGGAAGGAGAAAAAGAAUGGUCCUCUGGGGAAAAAGAAUGGAAGUUAGGAGAUAAAGAGUGGUCUCCUGAGAAGAAGAAAAUCGAACUGAAGGAAGAUGCGUCUAAGAAGAAACUGAAGGAAGAGAAGAAGUCGAAGGAAAUUAAAAUAGAGGAAUCACAGGAGAAGAAAGGUGCAUCCUGGGAAUCUGGCAAGGGACCAUGGAAAGAAGAAAGCCACGAAUGGUCUUCUGGGGAUCAGAAGUGGAAGGAAGGAGACAAGGAAUGGUCCUCCGGAGACAAGGAGUGGCAUGCAGGAGAUAAGGAAUGGUCGCCUGAGAAGAAAAAAAUCGAACUCAAGGAAGAAGUGUCCAAAAAAGAACAGAAAGAGGAACAUAAAUCAAAGGAUAUAAAGAUAGAGAUGUCGAAAGAUAAUAAGGGGGCAUCCUGGGAAAUUGUGAAAGGACCAUGGAAGGAAGAAAGCCCUGAAUGGUCCGCUGGGGAAAAGGAUUGGAAGGAAGGGGAUAAAGAGUGGUCUUCUGAGAAGAAGAAACUCGAACUGAAGGAAGAUGAGUCUAAAAAAGGACAGAAACAGGAAAAGAAAUCAAAGGAUAUACAGGUAGAAGUAUCGAAAGAUUAUAAGGGUGCAUCCUCGGAAAUUGUGAAAGGACCGUCGAAGGAAGAAAGUCAUGAAUGGUCCGCUGGGGAGAAGGAAUGGAAGGAAGGAGAUAAAGAGUGGUCUUCUGAGAAGAAGAAAGUCGAAUUGAAGGAAGAAGAAUCUAAGCAAGAACAGAAAGAGGAACAUAAAUCAAAGGAUAUAAAGAUAGAGGUGUCAAAAGAUGAUAAGGGGGCAUCCUCGGAAAUUGUGAAAGGACCGUCGAAGGAAGAAAGUCAUGAAUGGUCCGCUGGGGAGAAGGAAUGGAAGGAAGGAGAUAAAGAGUGGUCUUCUGAGAAGAAGAAAGUCGAAUUGAAGGAAGAAGAAUCUAAGCAAGAACAGAAAGAGGAACAUAAAUCAAAGGAUAUAAAGAUAGAGGUGUCAAAAGAUGAUAAGGGGGCAUCCUCGGAAAUUGUGAAAGGACCGUCGAAGGAAGAAAGUCAUGAAUGGUCCGCUGGGGAGAAGGAAUGGAAGGAAGGAGAUAAAGAGUGGUCUUCUGAGAAGAAGAAAGUCGAAUUGAAGGAAGAAGAGUCUAAGAAAGAACAUAAAGAGGAAAAGAAAUCGAAAGAAAUUAAGAUAGAGGAAUCAAUGGACAAGAAAGGGGCCUCCUGGGAAUCUGACAAAGGACCAUGGAAAGAAGAAAGUCAGGAAUGGUCCGCUGGGAACAAGGAGUGGAAGGCAGAAGAUAAAGAAUGGUCACCGGAGAAAAAGGAAAUCGAACUAGAGCAAAAAGAAUCUAAGAACGGAAAGAAAAAGGAGAAGAAAUCCAAGGAAAUUAAGAUAGAGCAAUCAAAGGAGCACAAAGGGGCAUCCUGGGAGUCUGACAAAGCAGCAUCGAAAGAAGAAAGUCACGAAUGGCACUCUGGAGACAAGGAAUGGAAGGCACCAGACAAUAAGUGGUCGUCUGAGAAGAAGAAAAUCGAACUGAACGAAGAAGAACCUAAAAAAGAAAAGAAAGAGGAGAAGAAAUCGAAAGAAAUUAAGAUAGAGGAACCCACAGGGGAUAAAGGAGCAUCGUGGGAAUCUAACAAAGGACCAUGGAAAAAAGAAAGUCACGAAUGGCCCGCUGCAGACAAGGAGUGGAAGGCAGAAGAUAAAGAAUGGUCACCGGAAAAAAAGAAAAUCGAACUGAAGAAAGAAGAAUCCAAUAAAGAACAGAAAGAAGAGAAGAAGUCCACGGAAAUUAAAAUAGAGGAAUCAAAUGGGAAAAAAGCGGCAUCCUCGGAAUCUGGUAAAGGACCAUUGAAAGAAGAGAGUCACGAAUGGCACUCUCGAGACGAGUGGGAGGCAGGUGACAAACAGUGGCCCACUGGUGAUAAAGAGGGAAAGGGAGGCGAUAUAGAAUGGUCUCCUGAGACGAAGAAUAUUGAAAGGCAGGAAGAAGACUCUACGAAAGAGCAGGAGGAGGUGCAGAAAUCGAAAGAAAUUAAGAUAGAGGAAUCACAGGAGAAAAACGCGGCCUCGUGGGAGUCUGGCAAAGGACCAUGGAAAGAAGAAAGUCACGAAUCGUCCUCUGGGGACAAGGAGAGGAAGGGAGGAGCUAGAGAGUGGUCGCCUAAGAAGAAGAAGAUAGAACUGAAGCAAGAAGAGUCGAAGAAGGAACAUAAACAGAAGAAAUUGAAGGAAAUUAAGAUAGAGGAAUCAAAGGAGAAGAAAGAUGCAUCAUGGCUAUCUGGCAAAGGGCCACGGAAAGAAGAAACCUACGAGUGGUCCCCUGAUCAGAAGGAGUGGAAGGAAGGUAAUAACGAAUGGUCUGCUCCACCGAACGAAUGGAAGGAAGGUGAUAAGGAAUGGUCACCUAAAAAGAAGGAGUGGAAGGAAGGUGAUAAGGACUGGUCUCCUGAGACGAAGAAAAUUGAACUGAAGCAAGAAGACUCUAAAAAAGAGCAGAAGGAGGUGCAGGAAUUGAAAGAAAUUAAGAUAGAGGAAUCACAGGAGAAAAACGCAGCCUCGUGGGAGUCUAGCAAGGGACCAUGGAAAGAAGAAACCCACCAAUGGUCCCCUGAUCAGAAAGAGUGGAAGGACGGUAAUAAGGAGUGGUCUCUUGUACCGAAGGAAUGGAAGGAAAGUGAUAAGGAAUGGUCUCCCGCACCCAAGGAAUGGAAGGUAGGUGACAAGGAGUGGUCUCCUGCACCGAAGGAGUGGAAGGAAGGUGAUAAGGAAUGGUCUGCCCCAUCGAAGGAAUGGAAGGAAGGUGACAAAGAGUGGUCUCCUGCAUCGAAGGAAUGGAAGGAAGGUAAUAAGGAAUGGUCACCUAAAAAGAAGGAGUGGAAGGAAGGUGAUAAGGAAUGGAAGGAAGGUGACAAAGAGUGGUCUCCUGCAUCGAAGGAAUGGAAGGAAGGUAAUAAGGAAUGGUCACCUAAAAAGAAGGAGUGGAAGGAAGGUGAUAAGGACUGGCCUUCUGAGACGAAGAAAAUUGAACUGAAGAAAGAAGACUCUAAGAAAGAGCAGAAGGAGGUGCAGAAAUCGAAAGAAAUUAAGAUAGAGGAAUCAAUGGACAAGAAAGGGGCCUCCUGGGAAUCUGACAAAGGACCAUGGAAAGAAGAAAGUCACGAAUCGUCCUCUGGGGACAAGGAGAGGAAGGGAGGAGCUAGAGAGUGGUCGCCUAAGAAGAAGAAAGGUCUGCUCCUCCAAAGGAAUGGAAGGAAGGAAGGUGAUAAGGAAUGGUCUGCACCACCGAAGGAACGGAAGGAAGGUUAUAAGGAAUGGUCUCCUGAGACAAAGAAAAUUGAGCUGAAGGAAGGAGACUCUAAGAAAGAGCAGAAGGAGGUGCAGAAAUCGAAAGAAAUUAAGAUAGAGGAAUCGCAGGAGAAAAACGCAGCCUCGUGGGAAUCUGGCAAAGGACCAUGGAAAGAAGGAAGUCACGAAUGGUCCUCUGGUGACAAGGAGUGGAAGGGAGGAAAAGAGAAGAAAUCAAAGGAAAUUAAGAUAGAAGAAUCAGAGGAGAAGAAAGAUGCACCUUUGCUGUCCGGCAAAGAACCACGGAAGGAAGAAACCCACGAAUGGUCCCCUGAUCAGAAGGAGUGGAAGGAUGGUAAUAUGGAAUGGUCUGCUCCUCCAAAGGAAUGGAAGGAAGUUGACAAGGAGUGGUCUCCUGCACCGAAGGAAUGGAAGGGAGGUGAUAAGGAAUGGUCUCCCGCACCGAAGGAAUGGAAAGAAGGUGACAACGAGUGGUCACCUGCUCCGAAGGAAUGGAAGGAAGGUGAUAAGGAAUGGUCUGCACCACCGAAGGAACGGAAGGAAGGUUAUAAGGAAUGGUCUCCUGAGACAAAGAAAAUUGAGCUGAAGGAAGGAGACUCUAAGAAAGAGCAGAAGGAGGUGCAGAAAUCGAAAGAAAUUAAGAUAGAAGAAUCAGAGGAGAAGAAAGAUGCACCUUUGCUGUCCGGCAAAGAACCACGGAAGGAAGAAACCCACGAAUGGUCCCCUGAUCAGAAGGAGUGGAAGGAUGGUAAUAUGGAAUGGUCUGCUCCUCCAAAGGAAUGGAAGGAAGGUGACAAGGAGUGGUCUCCUACACCGAAAAAAUGGAAGGGAGGUGAUAAGGAAUGGUCACCUGCACCGAAGGAAUGGAAGGAAGGUGACAAAGAGUGGUCUCCUGCAUCGAAGGAAUGGAAGGAAGGUAAUAAGGAAUGGUCACCUAAAAAGAAGGAGUGGAAGGAAGGUGAUAAGGACUGGCCUUCUGAGACGAAGAAAAUUGAACUGAAGAAAGAAGACUCUAAGAAAGAGCAGAAGGAGGUGCAGAAAUCGAAAGAAAUUAAGAUAGAGGAAUCGCAGGAGAAAAACGCAGCCUCGUGGGAAUCUGAUAAAGGACCAUGGAAAGAAGGAAGUCACGAAUGGUCCUCUGCUGACAAGGAGUGGAAGGGAGGAAAAGAGAAGAAAUCAAAGGAAAUUAAGAUAGAAGAAUCAGAGGAGAAGAAAGAUGCACCUUUGCUGUCCGGCAAAGAACCACGGAAGGAAGAAACCCACGAAUGGUCCCCUGAUCAGAAGGAGUGGAAGGAUGGUAAUAUGGAAUGGUCUGCUCCUCCAAAGGAAUGGAAGGAAGGUGACAAGGAGUGGUCUCCUGCACCGAAGGAAUGGAAGGAAGGUGAUAAGGAAUGGUCUCCCGCACCGAAGGAAUGGAAGGAAGAUGAAGGUGACAAGGAGUGGUCUGCUGCACCGAACGAAUGGAAGGGAGAUGACAAAGAGUGGUCACCUGCACCAAAAGAAUGGAAGGAAGGUGAUAAGGAAUGGUCUCCCGCACCGAAGGAAUGGAAGGAAGAUGACAAGGAGUGGUCUCCUGCACCGAAGGAAUGGAAGGAAGGUGAUAAGGAAUGGUCUGCACCACCGAAGGAACCGAAGGAAGGUUAUAAGGAAUGGUCUCCUGAGACAAAGAAAAUUGAGCUGAAGGAAGGAGACUCUAAGAAAGAGCAGAAGGAGGUGCAGAAAUCGAAAGAAAUUAAGAUAGAGGAAUCGCAGGAGAAAAACGCAGCCUCGUGGGAAUCUGGCAAAGGACCAUGGAAAGAAGGAAGUCACGAAUUGCCCUCUGGAGCCAAGGAGUGGAAGGGAGGAGUUAGAGAAUGGUCGCCUAAGAAGAAGAAGAUAGAACUGAAGAAAGAAGCGUCAAAGAAGGAACAGAAAGAGAAGAAAUCGAAGGAAAUUAAGAUAGAGGAAUCAGCGAAGAAGAAAGAUGCAUCCUUGAUCUCCGGCAAAGGGCCGUGGAAAGAAGAAACCCACGAAUGGUCGCCUGAUCAGAAGGAGUGGAAGGAAGGCGAAAAGGAGGGGUCCUCUGCAGAGAAAGAAUUGAAGGACCAAAACAAAGAAUGGGCCCCUGAGAAGAAGAAAAUCGAAUUGAAAGAAAGCGAGUCUAAGAAUGAAAUGAAAGAGGAGAAGAAAUCAAAGGAACUUAAGAUAGACGAGUCGAAGGAGAAAAUAGGCGCAUUCUGGGACUCUGGCUUGAGGCCUUCGAAAGAAGAAAGCCGUGAGUGGUCCUCCGGAGCGAAGGGGCGGAAGGAAGGUGAAAAAGUGUGGUCGUCUGGGAAGAAAGAGUGGAAAGAUGAAAGCAAGGAAUGGGCCCCUGAUGCGAAGAAAAUCGAACUGAAGGAAAACGAGUCUAUGAAGGAACUGAAAGCAGAAAAGAAAUCGAAGGAUAUUAAGAUAGAGGAAUCAAAGGAGAAGAAAGGUGGAUCUUGGGAAUCUGACGAAGGACCAUGGAAAGAAGAAAGUUAUGAGUGGUCCUCUGAUGGGAAGAAGUGGACAGAAGGUGACAAAGAAUGGUCCUCCGGUGAAAAGGAAUGGAAGGGAGGAGAUACAGAAUGGUCUGCUGAGAAGACGAAAAUCGAACUGAAGGAAGAAAAGUCUAAGAAGGAACUGAAAGAGGAGAGGAAAUCGAAGGAAAUUAAAAUAGAAGAAUCGAAGGGGAAAACAGGUUCAUCCUGGGAAUCUGGUAAGAGGCCGUCUAAAGAAGAAAGCCACGAAUGGUCCUCCGGGGUGAAGGAAUGGAAGGAAGGUGACGAAGAGUGGUCCUCGGGGGAGAAAGAAUGGAAGGAUGAAAAUAAAGAAUGGGCUCCUGAAACGAAGAAAAUCGAAUUGAAGGAAAACUUAUCGAAGAAGGAAGUGAAAGAGAAGAAGAAGUCGAAGGAAAUUAAGAUAGAGGAAUCGAAGGAGAAGGAGGGUGCAUCCUGGGAAUCCAGGAAAGGACCAUGGAAAGAAGAAAGUCACGAAUGGUCCUCGGGAGACAAGAAAUUGAAGGGUGCAGAUAAUAAGUGGUCGUCUCAGAAGAAGAAAAUCGAAUUGAAGAAACAAAAGUCUAAGGAAGGGCAGAAAGUGGAGAAGAAAUCAAAGGAA